AUGACGGUCAACAGCAGGAUUCGACGGCUGACGACGUCGAAGAAGCCUUUGAAUAUGCGCGGACCAAACCAACGAAUCUUUUCAUCAUCACCGAAACCAUCGGUACUCCGCCAUUUUUAUCCCAAGAACAGCCUCGAAUACGAGAAUGCUUCGAUUUCUUCCACUGAGACGUCAGAUAACUUCCUCCAUCCUCUCAUCGAAGUAGGUUCAGCCAUCUAUGACACUCUGCUGUGGAAGAACCCGAUGCACACUCUUCUGCUUGUUUUGACAUCGGACUCUACUUUCUUCCUCGGAAAGGAGGUCGCUAUGCCGAAAUUUGACAUCACAGGAGCUCAGCUGAUAUUCGAUGUAGCCAAAUUCGCUCAAAAAUUGCUCAAUUUCGCUGCAAAUUUUCUCGAAAAGCUGCACAGCGAUCGUUUUCAGUUUGCUGACCUGGAAGGACCGCCAUGUAACAUUUGUUUUCUACUGUUUAGUAAUCUACUGGCUUGCUUUGUCAAUGAUAUUCAACACCUGGAACAUGCCUCGGAAUGUCUCACCCUUGGUGUUCGUAUUUUCAUCACUACCUACUUGUUCCAUCGAUUCCCUCGCCUGCGCAGACGGCUCGACACGUAUGGCUGGUUCUACCGUAACUUGCCAGUGAAAACGUCACGUGAUGGAUCUCCUGUGCUCGUGCCCGGCAGCGAGCCGUCUCUGACAUUGGCCUCAAGAGCGGCAUCACCAAUACCACGGAAGAAUACCUUGAACCCGAACGGCACCACCGGAUUCGCAGUUGAGUGCCUGACCUUCGCAAGACGCACUCUUCCCUGCCCAACCCUCGCCCUGAAGGGUUCGUACGAUGCUUUGAACGAGCAACCCACCACUAAUGUGCAGUGGGCCUUCAGCGGUCAGACAGAGUCGCUUACCGUCGAACCAACCGUCAGUAAUUUUUUCAACCGUCCCAAUCGAUCCAGAGUUUCUCCACUAGUCACAAUGGAGCAGUGGAGUCCUAACCCACCGGCCGAUCCACUGACAUCUGAAUCGACCCCCAGAAUUGAAGAAGACGAUGAGGAAACAACGAAGAACUCCAACGAUGACGAGGAAGAAGCACUGAUCAUUCAUGAAGACCAAAUGAUCGACAACGUACUCGCAUAUCGCAGCUGUGUGAUGAACGACAAAGAGAAGACAUUUCCAAAAGGCAUUUCGUCGGGAAUCCUCUACCUAACCGAAUGCGCACUGAUCUACCGAACAAAAUCGAUGUCAGACGAUCACGCACCUUUAAUCCUGCUUUUCGCUGAUAUCACAUCCAUUAAAAAGAUUCGAUCCCUUCGUACUGUGGGACUUCUCACAGGGACCAGGAAAUCACUCGAAAUAAGAAUGGAGGGCCGGAGGAAGGCGCUACAGUUCAUCGGACUCGCUCAGCGUGACGACUUCUACAAUCGUAUUCAGAUUGUCAGCGGAAAUGACUCAAAUAUUGAAUUUCUCUGA